AUGUCGACGCCUUCUUUUCCUAUUCAGCAUAACUUUGCCCUGAAGCAGCUAUCCCCAAACUCCAAGCCCAACUACCAACCGUACGUAAAGUUGAGCUUCUUCUUCUCGAAAAGACCCGACAUCAGUCAUGAGGAUUUCCACAGGCAUUGGGAAACGGUGCACGCGGAUCUGGCCGUGGCAUCAAAAGCAUUUGCGCUCAACAUCAAACGAUAUACUCAAUUCCAUGCACUUCCUAAGUGCAAGGAAGCGGCAAAGACUCUGAUCGAGGGAAUGGAACUAUUGGAGUAUGACGGUUGUAGUGAAAUUCUGGUCUCAUCCAUUGAGGAUGCAGCAGCGUUCUUUUCGAGCCCAGAAUACGUCGAAAAGAUGAACAGCAAGUCAACGCCCCGCUCGCGUUAA